CUCUGCAACAGUACUUUCAUUUCCAUCAUUAUCACACAUUUGCCGUUGGACCUUUUAACGCGAUAAAAUAGCCCAUCAUGAGAGUCGAAACCUGCCACUUCUGCUCUCGCCCGGUCUACCCUAGCAAGGGUAUUCAGUUCGUCCGCAAUGACGCCAAGGCGUUCCGUUUCUGCAGAAGCAAAUGCCACCAGAACUUCAAGGCUAAGCGACAACCGAGACGUGUGAAGUGGACCAAGGUCGGUCGUGCCGCCAAGGGCAAGGAGAUGAUUGUCGACUCCUCCCUCGUCCUGUCCCAGUUCGCCAAGAAGCGCAACGUCCCCGUCAAGUACGACAGAAACCUGGUGGCCGCUACCAUCAAGGCCAUGGAGAGAGUGGAGGAGAUCCGGCAGCGCAGAGAGCGGGUCUUCACCAAGCGUCGGUUGGCAGGCAAGCUUGCGCGGGACCGCAAGCGCGAGGAGGACCGCAAGGUGGUGGCCUCCGGCGAGCACCUCAUCCGCAAGGAGCUGCGCGAGCGCGAGGAGGGCCAGCUGGCCGCUCUGGACACGGGCAAGACCAGACUGCACGGCGAGGAGCGCAUCAGAACAGGAAAGAGGACCAGAAUCUUGGUGGACGGAACUACGCAGGAGGAAAUGGAUCUCGACUAAAGGGUCUUUUUGGGUUCUUACGUUUCUUUCUCCCCGGCUGCCCGGUCGGGUUCGAUACCUUGAGGUUAUGAAUGGAGUUGGGUUUUGUUCAAUGUUAAGCAUUUUGCUUUGUCAAAAAGUAUCCCAGUGGUUUCUCUUGUGUCAUGAACUUUCAUGUUCACCCGUUAUAUUUCUUUCGCUGUCAUUAUAUGGGCCUAAUCAUAUAGAGAUAUUGAUGAAUUUGUCAA